AAUUACUAUAGUAUAUAAAGACCAGGCAGAGCGAAAAGCGAAAUGCACACACUCUGCUUCCAAUUCCAAGCGAUCUCAUCUAGUCUGGCCAUGUCGUCGUCGUCGUUUUCACUGCCGUCGGAGCCGCCAUCGCCGAACAUGGUCGGCGUCUGGCUCUGCCAGAUCUCCUCCCGGCUGCACGGCGGGCGCACCGAGCUCGAGGCGUCCAGCAAGAACGGCGCGCAGGCCAAGAAGGAGAAGGCAGCCGAUGCAGCUGCGAUCGGGGCCAAGGAUGGCCUGCCGGUGGUGGCGACGUGCCGCGGCGGCGCGGGCGCGGUUAUGCCGGAGGCCACCGUCUGCCUCCUCCUCGACCGGUUCGCGCCAAGCUGAUGAUGCUUCAGCCUCGCUGAUGCACGGCGUGCUUUGUGUUUUUAUGGUUCUACUACGUUUUGUACAUACGGAUCGUCUUGCCUGUUGUUUUUGGUUUAAUAUUUCCCUGUUUUGCUGUUCC